AUGUUGAUCUCCAAGCAAAACAGACGAGUUAUCUACGAAACCCUCUUCAAGGAAGGUGUUUUAGUCGCUCCCAAGGAUUUCAACCGACCUGCUCACCCUGAUAUCCCCUCUGUCCGAAACCUCGAGGUCAUCAAGGCCAUGCAAUCCCUUACCUCCAAGGGAUACGUCAAGACCCAAUUCUCCUGGCAAUGGUACUACUACACCCUCACCGAAGAGGGUUUGGCUUACCUCCGAGAAUUCCUUAACCUCCCUUCUGAGAUCGUCCCUCAAACUCACAUGAAACCCGCCAGACCUCAAGGUCGACCUUCCGGAUACGGUGGUAACAGAGAAGGUGGUGCCUACAGAGCUCCAAGAGGUGACAGAGAAUACAGAAGAAGAGAUGAUGGUGAGAAAGAAGGUGCUUCAGGUGAUUACAGACCUCGAUUCGGCGGUGUCGGUCGAGGUGCUGGUGCUCCCCCUUCCUAA